UCCACGUCUAUGAACAUGGAGCCACUAAAAAACACAAUGAAUAAAAGCCAAACACAAGAAGUAGUACUAGUAGAUGAAGAGGAAGUUCAAGAGCUUAAAAAAAGCCUUCCAAAGGCUACUUUCAUGGGUAGUAACCUACAACUAGUAAAAUUUGAAGGCUUUUGGUGUCCUCCUAGUCUUAACUUGAAGAAUGUUCUUAUGUUUCGAAGAAAUUUUCAUGCUAGAGACACUGAUCUUAUCAUUGCUAGUCUCCCAAAAACUGGAACCACUUGGUUGAAAGCUUUACUCUUUGUUAUUGUCAAUCGUUUUCACCACAAAAUUGAUGAUAGUCCUUUAUUAACCCAUCAUCCACAUGAGCUCGUGUAUCGCCUAGAAAAGGACAUAUAUGGUGAAGCCUUCACGUAUCCUAGCCUACACCAUUUUAAUGAACUUCCUUCACCUAGGCUUCUCCAUACACAUCUACCUUAUGCGUCUCUUCCUAAAUCUAUCAAGACUUCCCAAUGUCGAAUUUUGUAUAUCAGUCGAAAUCCCUUGGAUACCUAUGUUUCACAAUUGAAUUUUUAUCCAAAUGUUAUUAAGAAGCAAAUGGGGGAAGAUUUCCAACUCCCUUGUGUUGAAGACUUUUUUGAGGAUUGUUAUGAAGGGAGAGUUCCCUAUGGUCCAUUUUUCGACCACGUAGUUGGAUAUUGGAAUCAAAGUUUAGAGAAGUCGGAAAAGGUGUUAUUUCUUAAGUAUGAGGAUUUGAAGGAUGAUGCGAUAUCUCAUUUGAAGAGGUUGGCUAAAUUUGUGGGUAUGCCUUUUUCUUCCAAGGAGGAAAGUGAUGGUGUGAUUCAAAAUAUAAUAGACCUUUGUAGCAUUAAUAAUCUAAAGCAGUUGGAGGUUAAUAAAAACGGAGUACUCAAUAAGUUCUUUGAAAAAAAUACCUUUUUUAGGAAAGGGGAGGUGGGAGAUUGGACUAAUUUUUUCACUCCUUCUAUGGUUGAAAAAAUGAACAAAUUAAUGGAAGAGCAACUUUGGGGUACUGGUUUGUCCUAUAAAUUGCUUUCUCACUAGUUUAAUAUGACAAAAUGUAUUGUAAUCAGGUCAAGAAGUGCAACUCGUUGUACUUGUGUCAAAUUUGGUUUUGAAUAUUUUUCUACUAAGUGGUAAAAGUUGGUUUCAUUGAUGUAAUUGCUAGUAGCAAAUUUGCUAUGCACCCAAAAUAAAUAAAAUGUGUGUUUUUUAAUAAUUCGAUUUAUGUCACAAAAUGUAUUCUAUCGACAUUUUAUAAUUAGAUAUUAUAACGUAGUUGAGUAUUUAUCAUCA